AUGGCUAAUUUAACAUUGAGAUACCUGGAUGAGCUCUCCUAUGUGCUGAACAGACGCCAUCUUGCGAGCCAAGCAAAGGCAUCGUCUGUUGGCGAUCUUUUGAACGCUGAAGAAGAGAGAUUUGCACCGCAAACAGUGAAAGGUGGUAAGCCAGAGACAAUGCCGGGUGCUCGACCUUUUCAUUUAGUUCUGCGCUAUUGUAAUAACUGCGCUUGUUUCCGC